AAAUUAUAUAAAUGUCUUCAUAGAUGUACGAGCAAUUUUAGAGAUGCCUGCUAUAUCAAUACCGAAAUAAUAAACGUAUUUUAUCCUGCUAUUAAUUCAUCACAAAUCAAUACGAAGAAUUUUUUUACUUUUAAAUAUGGACGCAUUGAUAUAAGGGCGAAAUUGCCGAUUGGAGAUUGGUUACUUCCAUAUAUAAUGCUGAAACCAGCAUACCCAUAUGAAGAUGAAAAUUCACAAAUUAGAAUAGCGUUUGCGCGAGGUAAUCAGAAUUUAUUAGACGAUUGCAAGUCAGGUAUUGACGGCAAGCAUUUAUAUGCUGGAAUAGUAUAUUGGAAAAACCAAAAACGUACAGAAAAUUUUAUGGAAUUUCUAGGUGAAAAUCACUUCGGUGAAAAUUUUCACAAUUACUCAAUAUCAUGGACGACUGAGAGUAUAUCUAUGUCUGUAGAUGGAAAGCAAUACGGAAUAAUCAAUGAAGGACUAGAGUAUUUCACUGGCGAGGUCUACAUUUCAAUUGGACUAUCUGCCGGUGGCUGGGAAGAAUACAGAAAAUCUGAAGAGUUAAUUUGGGGUCGGGAAGAUUCCAGAGCAAAUUAUCAUUUUUGGAAUAAACGAAACGAGUGGAUCCCCUCCUGGAAGGAUAACGGUUCUAUGAAAAUUGAUUAUGUUAGAGUAUAUGCCAUAUAAAAAGAUAUUUUUUCUUGAUCUAACUAAUACUAUUACAUGAGAUAAAAAAUAUCGAAAUAAAAAAUGUUUAAAAAGAUAUAUUUUUCAAACUUAUCCAACCGAUAUAUUCUUUAGA